CGAAUGUUUGUUUUACAAGGAUUACAGUAGAGAAUUUAAAAGCGUCAGAGAUACGUCGAAUUGCCGAACAGGUUAACUCCCAAACUGGGCUAGUCGAAGUAAUGAGCGGAACAGCGGAGGCGCCUCCCCUUUCAGCGAAGGAUAAAAAUUCUUUCGCAUACCUUACAAUCAAAGAUAGACUACCUGUGAUCUUGUCCAAGAUUGCAGACAGUGUUUAUAGGUUAAAGGGGAAAAUUAAAGAAGAACAUGGUGAGGAAGGAACCGAAGAUCUCAAAUCUCUUGCUGGCUGUAUUUCAAAGCUACGGAAUGAAGUUCAAACUGACAAACCUGUAGUUCCAAUCAAAGAUGGCCGCUCUGAUGUAUGCGUAUGGAAUGAUCACUUGAAGGAGUUAAUCGCCAACACGGGAUCCCCUCCCAGUUGGUUUGAAUCACCAUGGUUAUAUGUAGAAUGCUACAUGUAUCGCAGGAUUCAGGAGGCUGCAGAGUUAUGCAUAACAUUGAAAGAUUUUGAUGUUUUCCGUGAUCAGAAGGAAAAAUCAUUUUGUGAUUCUCAAGAAGCUAUACUUGUGUUGAUGGAAUACCUUCACAAUGUUGUAGGAGAAUUUAAAUCAGGAAAGCAGCUAGAUUUGAAACAUCUGUUUGAAAAUUUUCUCAGAGUAUCUUUGUGGGGAAACAAGUGUGACUUGUCUAUAUCUGCAGGUCAAGACGUUGCACAAACUUCCUCACCUUUGGAUCAGCUGCACCAGUUUGAACCCAACAUCCUGACAGAUGAUACUGAAGCUGUAUUUGGAUGCCUACAAAGAACCAAGGUCACCAAAGGUCGUCCUGCCUGUGUUGACAUCAUUUUGGAUAAUGCAGGGUUUGAAUUGAUGACAGAUCUCUGCUUUGCUGAAUUUCUCAUCUCUUUUGGCCUAGCUUCAAAGAUCUGUUUUCAUGUAAAAGCAUUUCCAUGGUUUGUUUCAGAUGUGACUCCAUAUGAUUUUAGUUGGACAAUCAAUCAACUAUGUGCCUCAAAUAGUAUAUACAUGUCUAAGUUUGGCAGUAUAUGGAAGCAAUAUUUAGAAGAUAAAACAUGGCAAGUUGCAGUGGAUGACUUUUGGACUUUGUCUUUCCCAUUCAAUGAAAUGGAAUCACGUUGUCCUGAUCUCCACGCAAGGCUGGCAAAAAGUGAUUUCAUCUUUCUCAAGGGGGAUUUGAACUACCGAAAGCUGGUUGGCGAUCUUGCCUGGCCAUUUACUACCCCAUUCCAUGUGAGUUUGAGGGGUUUCCAUCCUGCUCCACUUUGUGCACUAAGGACGUGCAAGAGUGACACAGUGACGGGAUUGAAGGACGGUCAGGCAGAUGACGUCAACACUAAGGAUGAAAAAUGGUUGAUCAACGGAAACUGGGCAGUGAUCUCAUUCUCUGACAAAAUGUCUUAGAGUGUUGGUCAUCAGUUUACUCUUUUCAAAAAUCUAUUUUUUUUCAAAAUGAAAUAUUUACAUAUUAACUAACACAAUAGGUUUUACCUGAAGAUGUUGCUGUAUACAGUAAUUAAACAAGUAUAUUAGGGACAGCCAAUGUUGAUUGUGUGCCAUAUACAGUAUUUCUUGUGAUAAUACUGAUGCAUUAUGUUGCUCAAUACAUUAUACAUAUAGAAAGUGUGCUUGAUACCUAUCUGCAAAUAAUUCAAUUCUUCAUAUAAAGUUUUAACUGUUUUCUUUGUUACCGUAAACCACAUUUUUUGUUUGACUUGUGAAAAUGAUAAUGAUCAUUACAUCCUUGAAAGAUAAGUGAACCUGGAUGGUUUCUCAACUAAAAGGCUUCUUCAUGAAAUCCAUUUUUACAAUGAUGUUUUCACAGAAAUGAAACAUAAAAACUAUCAGCAUAUUGAAGGUAUUGGCAGAAAUUAGUGAUAAAUCUGGUUACCAAGAUAUUUUCCAGAUAAAAAAAAUCAAGAUGGCUACCAGCAUCUGUGAUUGGUGGAGACAAUUUUUUUUAAAUCAAAAUUUGAAGUCAGCUUAGGGAAUAUUCUUUAUAUCUAAUGAAAAAUGACUUUUAAGUUUUAGGAAUCCCGAUGGUGAUUUAGAUUAGACGAUAUAUUUACCCCCAUAGGUUAAGUUCUGUUAGAUGGUAUCAAGUAGUCAUUUACAAUGCAUCAGUUGUUUUUGCUGCUUUCUUUAAUGAUCUCCACAUACAUAGUGGGCUGUGGUGGCCGAGUGGUUAAAGUGCCCCAACAUGUUAUCACUAGCCCUCCACCACUGGGUAACGCGAGUUUAAAACCUACAUGGGGCAGUUGCCUGGUAUUGACCAUAGGUCGGUGUUUUUUCUCUGGGUAAUCUGGCUUUCCUCCACCUCCAAAACCUGGCACGUCCUUAAAUGACCCUGGCUGUUAAUAGGAUGUUAAACAAAAUAAACCAUAUUAAACCAUCUCCACAUACAGGUUGUCUGUGGAUUUAAUAUUCAUAGAUUUUAAUUGAAGACUCAUUAAUUAUUGUGAAAUUUAAUCACCUGCAAAAAUAAUUUGAUUUACAGUAUCUGUAUAGAAUAGAAAUGGUGUAUAAAAAGAGAACACCAGACGUAUGUGUUGGGUAAAUUGGUGCCUUCCCCAGCACAUAACAAACUAGAACAGUGUUGGUACGACAUGAAUGCCCUGCACCCACUUUAGUUUGACCCCCAAAAAUGGCAUAAAAAACUUGGUGGAUGGAUAGAUGGAAUGAUGGAUGUAAUUGGGGUAAAACAGUAUGCCCCAACUAGGUCAUAUUGGAGCAACAAAAACCGCUAUAAAUCCAAAAGUUUAAUACUGGAAAACAUUUGUUUUAUGAAAAUGUUUAUUUCUAAUUUAUUAUGCAGUUAAGUUUUUUUUACUGGUGAUUCAAACUGUAAAGUGUCUUGAUAUCACUCAUUUAUAUCGUAUUACAUAUAUUUACCUAGUAUUAUACUGUUUACUCUCACAAACCAUGUCUUACUGUAGUUAUAAAUUGUAAAAUUGACAUUUUCUAUUUUAAUUUUCCAUACAUAUAAAAUAACUAGAGUGUUCCCCAUGCCCAAAAGUGCUAUUGAGCUAAUAGACUGGAUCUUAGUGGUAAUGAUUUUGUUUGUGAUACAAACUUUAUUUCAUUUUUCCACUUUCAACUUGUCUGAGGUAGAUCAUAUUCCCAUGUUUACUGUUUGCAAUCAUGGCCCUUAGUUCAUCGAUCAAUCCUGGACAAGUUCCCAGAGGUGUUACGUGGUAGGUCAGAAUUAUUUAUAUUAUUAGCUCACCUGGUCCAAAGCAUCCUUAUCGGGUGUGCAUUAAAAAUUGUACAAAUGGUGGGGCUGACCCACCUGGGGCAGAGGUUAGGGCCAAAAGGGGUCAAUUUGGCUAAAUUGACUUCUUUGAAACUAAGCAAAUAUAUAUUGCUCAUAUUUGUGUGGUAGCAUCCCUAUGGGGUUGGGCCAAAAGUCAAUUUCAUUUCAUGAAUUAAUGCACUUUUUGUCAUAAAAACCUCACAUUUUUAGAAUUACAAUAAAAUCAAUGUACAUGUACCCAUAUAAAAUACUUAUGAUAUAUUGACAUACAAGUAGCAAGACCGGUGACAAAUAUACUUGAGCAUCAUUCUUCUUUCAUAUCUCAUGAAACCAGGUCAGCGAUACAGGCCCUCUAGGCUCUUGUUCAAAUUGUCAGUUUUAGAUUGCAACAUUUAACUUGAAUAAUUACAAUUGCCCCUCCCCUCCUCAAUGGUUUUAGGUCUGAGCAUCCCAUUACUUCCUUGUAAUUUACAUCUUCUAAAAUGAGUAUUGUAGUAUCUUAAAAACUAACUUGUGUUCGCUGAAUUAAGUGUUUUGGGCCCUUGAAACUGAUAUGUUUGUGGAUACCCUUCUUCCUCUCAUCUUAAGCAGGCAUUCUAGUAGACUUUAACUAUCAAGAGGCUAUUAUACUACAUUUAAGUGGGGAUACCAUACUGAAAGGACAAGUUUGUGUAGAGGAGGUCAGACAGGCAGCUGAGGGAUGAAGUACAUGUAGGUUGUAGGGUUUAGGUACAAUUUUAUAUAUCGUAGGGAGGAACAGGUUUUUGAAGAUAUAACUAGAUGUAGUAAAUGUUUUUAAAGAUAUAUCUAUAAAAUAUAAGCUAUCUGGUAGAUGUAGUAAAUGCCACAUAUCUUGCAUUACCAUAUUUCCUUUAUUUCCAUUCCAUAUUUUUUAUGGACUUUAUGCUUCUGGACAUUGUUGUUUUCCAAAUAGUUAUUGUUUAAAUAUAUUUUAAUUAUUUUUUAAGUGCUAUUUACUCAAGAGACUUUAAAAUGUUUACCGAAAAUAAAAUUCCAAACAUU